GAAAAAAAAGUCUUUGAAAUCUUUUUCUCGUUUCUCGUUGCUUGUUACUUAUAAACCCACCUGCUCUGCUUUCUUUCCCUUCUCACAAGAAUUCUGAACUCUUUCUUUCUUCCCUGUUUACUCUUUAUUCACUUACAGUUUCAUUUUUCAGAACCUGACAUUUUAUUGAACUUCUUUUAACUCUCUUUUGCCUGCUCGCUCUCUCUCUCUCUCUCUCUCUCUCACUUUGUCUUAUUAAAAAUAUUGAUUGGCAUAAAACAAAUUUUGAGAUGGGUUGCUCAAGAUUCGACACUUAUGGCAUCCGAUUCUGUUUUUACUUCAAUCGGAUUAGCUAUUAAAUUUUUCCAUUCCAUAUUCUGUCUUGUUAAUUCUUUCUUUUUUAGCAUCUUUUGACUCGAUUGGGAUCUGGGUGUUUCUUCUUUUUCAUUUUUUUGAUACAUUUGAUUGGAUUCCAAUCUUUACUUCAAUUUCCAUUUGCUUGGUGACCCAUCUCUUCAAAAAUUCUCUUGUUAUUUGCUUUAUAAAUUGUAUUGAGAGAGCGAGCAGGUAGUUAAAAAUGGCAGCAGCAGCUAAAAAUAACAGAGGAAAAUCCAAGCAAGGUGCUGUUGAUACGAGCCAAGAGUGGGAGCUUGAAAAGGGGAAAAGGGAAACUAAUCUUAGCAUUCAUGAGAGGCAACAGCAAUGGAAGCCAGUUUUUGGUGAAGCUUCCAUGGCAGCGGACAAUAGGCCUCUCAAGAAGAUUCGUAGCCCUGAACGCCAAGACCCAAUUCAUGUCUCUUCAUCUUUAGCUCAUCGAUCCACACCUUUCUCUGUUCCUUCCACUGUUUCUUCCAUUUCUACACUUCCUUUAAAUCCACCUUCUUCGUCUGGUUCAAGACUUUCAUUUCCUUUUGCUUUUGAAGGACAAUUGCCUCAUCAAUUUACAACAAACACUUGUUUACCUUAUUUCCGUCAUCCGCUUCAUAAUCAGCAGCAACAGCAAAUGAUUUCUUUUGCACAAAACCAACAACUUGCCAUGCCUUCUGAUUCUUCUCCAUCAGCAUUGACAUAUCAACAACAGCAACAGUUGUAUCAGUAUUGGAGUGAUGCAUUAAACUUAAGUCCAAGAGGAAGAAUGAUGAUGAUGAAUAGACUGGGAGCUGAUGGUAGGCCUUUGUUUAGCCAACCCAUUCAGCCUAUAAACACUACGAAACUUUAUAGGGGAGUGAGGCAAAGGCAUUGGGGAAAAUGGGUAGCUGAGAUUCGUCUCCCUCGCAAUAGGACUCGCCUUUGGUUAGGUACAUUUGAUACAGCUGAAGAUGCUGCUAUGGCCUAUGAUCGCGAGGCUUUUAGGUUGAGAGGAGAGAAUGCUCGGCUAAAUUUUCCUGAACUUUUUCUUAAUAAAGAGAAAACAAAUCCUACGUCUCCGCAGACUCGAGAAAACCCUGACUUGCAGGCUUCAGGUACGCAAAGUAUGCCCCCACCACCACCUCCACCCCAACAGUCUCAAGGAGACAAUCCUGAUAAUGAUUCAGGAAUGGGUUCAAGUGGGGCUACUGUGAGUGAUGAGGUUCAGCCUGUAGUAGAAGGGUCAGAUACUGGAAGAGGAGAAGGCGUUUCAGGGUCUCAGGAAUUGGUAUGGGGAGAUAUGAUGACAGAAGCUUGGUUCAAUUCAAUAUCAGCAGGAUGGGGGCCAGGAAGUCCUGUAUGGGAUGAUUUGGACACUAAUAAUAAUCUUUUAUUGCAAUCACAUGAUCUUCCUUUUGGCAGUCCAAAUCAUGAACAACAAGAACAACAUGACAACAUGGGUUCAGCUUCCUCUUCUUCCUCUUCUUCUUUUCCAAAGUCUUUCUUCUAGAAGGAUCAAGAUUAAUAGGUGUUCUCUCUGUCUCUUCUUAAUCUUCUUUCACCGGUUGCAGAUUUUUUAGAAAACCAACCUGUGAUUUUAACACUACUACCUAUAAGCAGAAUUUUAUCUUCAUCCCAUCUCUUCUCACUGGUUGCAGAUUUUUCAUAAACAACCUGUGACUCCACUGGAGCUUUAUUACUUGCUCGUACAUCAGGAAAUCCAGAGCUUCAGAACCCACCUUUUUUUUCCUUCUUUCUUUUAAACUGCUUUCAUUGAAAAAGCUUGAAAUUUGGCAUUUCAAGUUUCUUUUUCCUUUUUUACCCUUUAAAAGGCUGCAUAUUUAUCAGGCCUUGACACUCUUGCUCCAUAUAUUAUAGGUCAUGCAUUUUUCAUUUAUAGCGAUUGUUACUUUUCUUGGCUGUUUUUGUUAUGUUAGAGAUGUAGCAAUAGCAACUAGCAGUAGCAGUAAGAAAUUUAGUGGAGGACCAGCAUAGUAGGAGACAGUUUUGUGAUCUCCCUCUAAAAUUGGUCGGUCUCUUCUAUCCAUCACAAGCUUUGUUUUUCUGCUUGGAGAAUAGAAUUACAUCAAAAAGUUUGUAACUUCUGUUGUUUUGUACAUUUGUGGAGUUUGUAAUGAUCUUUAACCUUUGUAAUGUUAUGUCUCCCUUUUCAUCAACAGUAGCAGUAAUGUAAUAUAUCAGCAAUAUUUGCAGCA